UGGUAAUUUACAAAUCGCUCAUUUGGAGCGACAGUGACGUAUCUGCAAAAAAAUGCAAAACUGACCUAAGUAUACCAAAAUGAUCCCCAUAGUCAUAGACGUAAGGAGUGAAAACGCCACAUUUGUUAGUUUUAAAAAAAACCGGUAGAGAGCGAAAAGACGUUGUUGUAAUAUUUCAUUUUGGCGCGCGAAUACCGGGCGACAACGGCCGAACAGACAGUUGCGCGGGGGGCCCCGUUGAGUGUGCACGUGUCCGAGAGCUACAUCGCCGCUAAGGCCAUUAAAAUGGGAAGCCGAGCACGAAUGUUAGUCAAACUGUGUGAGCAAGAAUGUUUAAAAUCUGGUAGUAUUGAGGACCAAUCUGAUGCUUCAAAACAAGCUAUUUUCACUAGUGCAAAUGGAAUAUUGUCUGCAGAACAAAAUGAACGUAGCAAUAUCAUUACAAAUAUUGUUAACGAUUGCUCCAGUCCAUCAAUGACAAUGACCGAAAAUGAUAUUUCGUCUGUAAAUAACGCCGAUCCGUCACCAAUCCUUGCAACAAGUCAAAAUCACAGUGAAGAUGAAACUAAAGACUUUUCUCCAGAUGAUAGUGGUGACGAAUAUAAGCCAGAGAAAUCGGUCCACCGUAGGCGUAUUGAUUCAACGUCAUCUAGCUCAUCGUCAAGCUCAUCGUCAAGCUCUUCAUCCUCUACUUCAUCGUCUAGUUCGUCCAAUACUACUAGUAGUUCAUCAUCAACACCGGCUGUUCAAGAUUCUGUCGUAAAUUCUGUAUUAAAUACCAGUCAAGAUUUAGGGCUAUCUCUCGAUACUACUGUUGCCAAGAAAGGUAAAAAGAGAGUUCGUAAUGAAUCUGCUUGGAUAAAAAAUGUACGAAAGCGCCAACGAAACUCUGGAAAGGUAUACAUUUCUAGAACUGGAAAAACAGUUGCAGCAAAGUCAGUUAAACCACCAUGCACUGAAAAAUGUAGGCUCAAAUGUCGUGAUAAAAUAACGGAAGAACAAAGACAAGAGAUAUUUGAAUGUUAUUGGGGUUUGGGAUCGCUACAAAGACAGCGUGAUUUUUUGAACUGCUGUUUAACAACAUUGAAAGUUCCCUACCGCCGAGUAAAAGAAGGAGCUGCUAAAACUAGGAAUCAAAAUUGUGUUUUUCAUUUCAUGGUGAAUGGCGAAAAUAAGCGGACGUGCAAAUUAUUUUUCAUGAAUACUUUGGGUAUAUCAGAGAGAACAUUAAGAACGGUAAUAGAAGGUCGAAAUGGUUCUAACACAGGUGUUAUCCCGGAGGACAAGCGGGGCAAACAUGCUCAUCACAACCAAAUUAACCCAGAAGUCUUAAAAUCGGUUCGGGACCACAUUAACUCCGUCCCUAGAAUUGAGAGCCACUAUACUCGGGCUAAUACGACUCGUGAAUUUAUUGACGGUGGUCUGACCGUUAAAGAAUUGUAUCGAAAUUACGUAUCUAAUAGAGGAACCCUGGCAUCAGCAAGUUUUGACAUGUACUACCGCAUUUUCAACACUGAAUUUAAUUUGUCAUUUUUUGUGCCAAAAAAAGAUCAGUGUGAUCUUUGUGAGUCGUACAAAAAUGCUAUUGGAGAAGACCAACUCAAAUUAAAAGAACCUUAUGAAGAGCAUUUAAAGCAGAAAGAAUUAAGUAGGAAAGAGAAGACUAAGGAUAUAGAGUUAUUAAAAGAAGAUAGUGAAACUGUCGUUGCAAUUUACGAUUUGCAAGCAGUUAUGCCGGUACCUAUUGGUAAUAGUUCAGCGUUUUUUUACAAAUCGAAGUUGAAUUGCUUAAAUUUUACGGUUACAGAUUUAAAAGAUAACAUUACUAACUGCUAUUUCUGGCAUGAGGGGCUUGGCAAUAGAGGAGCUAUAGAAAUUGGUUCCUGCGUAUUUAAAUUUUUAAAAGACACCGCAGAACGUCAUCCCAACAGCAAUAUAAUAUUUUACUCUGACAACUGCUGCGGUCAACAGAAGAACAGAUUUCUGAUUGGCCUGUACUACUAUGCGGUUGAAAUCCUCCCAGUAAAAUCAAUAACACACAAAUUUUUGAUACGUGGCCACACCCAAAAUGAGGGUGACAAUGCUCAUUCGCUCAUCGAAAAGUCCAUCAAAAGAGCAAAAAAAUCUGGCCCUAUCUAUGUUCCUUACCAGUACGUUCAACUUAUACGCACUACCAAGAAAAGUGGAAAUACUUUUGUAGUUAACGAGCUGAACUACGACGAUUUCUAUGAUUAAAAAAAGCUGUUUGAGGAUAUUACACUAAAUGUUAACAAAGAUCUGCAAGGUAACCCAGUUAAACUAUCUGAAAUAAAAGCUAUACGAUUUGUUAAAAAUAGUGAGACUUACGAUCUAAAAUAUUCUUACGACAGUGAAUGGGUAACUGUAAAAUCAAAAAUAACUAUUAAUACGCGCAAGACUCGAUCAGAUAAUAAUUUAAAUGUUAAUGAAAUACGUUUGAGACCAGCUUAUAAUACUAAACUUACGAUUGCUGAUAGAAAGAAGGAGGAUUUGCGUUGUUUGUUAGAAAAAAAUAUUAUUCCCAGAUGCUACUCUGGAUUUUAUGAAAGCUUGUUUUAAGUAACUUGGGUACAAAUGUUUAAUUUUAUGUUUAAUUUUCAAUAUUUUCUAUAUUAUUAUUGUAGGUAAGUCAUUUGCAUACUUAAUAAUGAUUAUAAGACUGAAAUGUUUAAAAGUUGUAGUACAAACAUUCCAUUAAUUCUAGUUUUUAAGACUAACAUUUUGGAUGUGCAGGGUGAUUUUAGGAGUAUUAUAGAAUGGAUCUGUGAUUUUUCUGUGCCAUGCUAGAUAGCAGUAAUUAAGAAAGAGGAAGAUUUUUUUAUUUAAUUUAAUUUAGUUUAGUAUUGAAAAGUUCCUAUUAAAAUUUAGUUAAGAAGCAUUGUAACUUGAUUGUAUCAGCUUCUAUUAAAUUAUAAUAAGAGCC